GACAUUUCGCGGAUCAACCACUUCAAAGAGGACGUCUUCGCGGCGUCCUGCGUGGUCAAAGCGGUGGAGGACCUCGUCGAGGUGGAGAAGCGGAACGCAGCGAUCAGCGACUGGCUGACAAAGCUGCAGGAACCGCAGCAAGACAUCCGACCCCACGCUGCCAGGGCGGCCGAAGAGCUCCAAGAAGUUCUGGCUGCCGGGCAGGUGCUCUGA